AAAUUGCUCUACAGUAAACAAGUUCUAAUGAUGGAUUAAUUAGGCUCAUUAGAUUCGUCUCGUAGUUUACAGACGAGAUCUGUAAUUAGUUUUGUGAUUAGUUUACAUUUAAUACUUCAAAUAUUGAAGAUUUCCUUCCAAAAAUGUAAAAAUGCAAAAUGCAAAAUAAACUAAACACACUAAUACUACUAGUCGGUUGGAGCACUGCACAUCACACACUGCAAUUGGGCAACGAAGAUGAGAGCAGAUCCUGGCGAGUCGCAGAUCACCGGCAUGCAUGCCCAUGGCGGAUCUCUCCACGGGACGGGACGGUGAGCAUAUAGUAAUGCUCCCCGGCCGUACCAGACUGCAAAAAUCGAGCAAUUUCGUAAUCACCUGCGCCUCGGAGUUCCCACGCCCCCGCUGACUUCCACUGCACACAAACGUGCAGCUGAAAUCGAACGUUCCUGCCUGCUCCUCCAAAACCCUCCUCCCUCCCUCCCUAUACAUCUCGCUCCACCCAACGCUGCACUAAUCACAAGCUCGCUCACAGCUCCCGACGAUCGAGAGAUCGGGGAGUAGGAACGUGCAGGGCGUGCCGGUGCAUCCGUGACCUCGCAGCAUGGGGGUGGCCGGCGGCGGCGGCGUGCGGCUGCGGGCCAGCAGCCUCAAGAAGCAGCGGCAGCGGACAAUGAACAACAUCAAGAUCACGCUCCUCUGCGGCUUCAUCACCGUGCUCGUCCUCCGCGGCACCGCCGGAAUCAACCUCCUCGUCAACAGCGGCGACUCCGACGGCGCCGCGGCCGACGCCAAGGUCGUCGAGGACAUCGAGCGCAUCCUCGCCGAGAUCCGCUCCGACUCCGAGCCCGACGACGUCGUCGUCCUGGUCGGCGGGGACGGGUCGUCGUCGUCGUCGUCCCCCAACGCGACGGCCGGCCUCGGCAACUUCUCGUCGUCGGCGACGCUGAUCAAGGUCAAGGAGUACAGCCUGGGCCCCAAGGUGAGCGACUGGGACGACCAGCGCCGCGAGUGGCUGUCCCGGAACCCGGAGUUCCCGUCCCGCGACGCGCGGGGCAACCCGCGGAUCCUGGUCGUCACCGGCUCGCCGCCGGGGCCCUGCGACAACCCCGCCGGCGACCACUACCUGCUCAAGGCUAUCAAGAACAAGAUCGACUACUGCCGCCUCCACGGCAUCGACAUCGUGCACAACAUGGCGCACCUCGACCCGGAGCUGACGGGGUACUGGUCCAAGAUCCCGCUGGUGCGGCGCCUGAUGCUGGCGCACCCGGAGGUGGAGUGGGUCUGGUGGGUGGACAGCGACGCCAUCUUCACCGACAUGGCCUUCGAGCUUCCGCUCUCGCGCUACGAGGGCUGCAACCUCGUCGUCCACGGCUACCCGGACCUCCUCGAGAAGCGGUCCUGGAUCUCCCUCAACGCCGGCAUCUUCCUGCUCCGCAAUUGCCAGUGGUCGCUGGACCUGCUCGACGCCUGGGUGCCCAUGGGCCCGAGGGGCCCCUCCCGCGUCGAGGCCGGGAAGCUGCUGACGGCGAGCCUGACGGGGCGGCCGCCGUUCGACGCCGACGACCAGUCGGCGCUGAUCCACCUGCUGCUCAUCGAGAAGGACAAGUGGAUGGACAAGGUGCACAUCGAGAGGGAGUUCUACCUCCAUGGCUUCUGGACGGGGCUGGUGGACAAGUACGAGCAGAUGAUGGAGGAGCACCACCCGGGCCUCGGCGACGACCGCUGGCCCUUCAUCACCCACUUCGUCGGCUGCAAGACCUGCGGCAGGUACGAGGACUACCCGCUGGACCGGUGCCUCCGCGGCAUGGAGCGCGCCUUCAACUUCGCCGACAACCAGGUGCUCCGGCUCUACGGCUUCCAGCACCGGUCGCUGGUGAGCGCCAAGGUCAGGAGGGUCACCGACCCGAGGGCCAACCCGCUGGAGGCCAAGGAGGCGGCGCUCAAGAUGGACGCCAAGUUCGACCGCGUCUAGGCCGAGGGUCACUCAUCAGUUCUUCGCGUUUUGAUUGUUCUUAGAUUUUUAGUUCUGCAAUAGCUAGCGCACUCAAGAGUUCAGGACACAGCAACUGGGUCUGGUGUUGCAUCUUUUUCUUAGUUGUCUCCAUCAGAGCAAAUGAAACAGGCAAGAAAUGUGUGGUUCAAACAAUGCGACUGUGAAUUUUGCCACUAA